AUGACAUCGAAGGCGAGCGGCGGCGUUUCAGCGCGAAAGGGCGCUGGAGAGCGCUCGGAAUCGCUCGGAGCGCGGCGGAUUGGACAGUCGAAGCAGAAUCUCAUUCCGAGCACUUCCGAGAGCACCCGAAGAGAAUUUAGCGAGAAGAAACAAAGAGCCACCGCCAAGAAGAAUUUGAACAAUUUUGACUACCAGCACAGUAUUAUUUCAAUGUUGAUGUCAAAUCAACGCCCAAACAGGUUUCGACCAGACGAGCUUUUCGAUUUAUCUGGGGCAGAUUCCUUCCAGAUUUUCAAUGAAGCAGUGCAGCCGUGUCUGCGUGAUGACUCCCUUACAGAAAUCAUGGACUGCAGCGAUUACUUCUUCCCUGUUGCCUCUGAUGAAAGCUUGCAAACAAUGCCAACCUCGCAGCCAGCAGUUGAAAAUCCCCCAGCAUACAACGAAGUCGUCAAAGUAGAAGAUACAGCUUCACAGCCAGCUUCUCCGCCAGAACCACAAGCAAGAAAGCCAAGAAAAGUAGCGACGAGACGAAGGCCAGCAGAGAAACUCCCGCCGAGACACAAAUCCGGCCAAUACGCGAGCAUCAAAAACGACGCGGGCAAAAUUCAGGAAGAUUAUAUAAGCGACGAAGAAGAGCGAAAAAGAGUCCUCGAAAAGCGCGAAAAGAACCGAGCAGCCGCCGCCAAAGCUCGCAAAAGAAAGCAGGAGCAACUGGAAACGCUCGAGAAAGAAAAGGUGAAGCUGGAAAUGGACAUAAACCGAGCGCGCGAAGAAGUCCUAGAAGCACAGAGACUACGCAACACUCUCAGAACGAUCUUUGAAGAGCAUGACAGGGUCUGUGCUUACAGACAGAUUCACCUUGAAAAUUAG